AUGACCCAGGAUUUCGUUUGUCCAGUGAGCCUUGGCUCCAAGCUACAGCCGGGAUCGAUCGGAAGCGCCCCAUGCCGGGACCCACAGAGGUCCAAUCAUGGCUUCGCCCCACAAGCAGUGCCGAAUAUGCUUGGAAGAGCAUUCCAGCCGCUUGAUUGCAGCAGCAAAUGUGUGAUAUUCAAGGCCUGCGAUGCUUCAAUAGCAACAGAAGCAGUACCCAACCCGCAGGUGAUUCCAUGCUUUCGCCGUGCUUGUGCCGCGGAUCUGCCGCGUGGGUGCAUCGAGACUGUCUGCUCAGAGCCGCUUGGCGAGUCAGCAGACAUGUUCUGA